AUGAAUAAUGAAAACUACCCAACAUACGGCAUCAUCAAUGAAAUUUGCGUCAUCCAGAGCACAAUUUGUUUCCUUCUGCGGCUGUGCAACACCGAGACUUAUGAUGAUUUCUUACAAGCAUAUGAAGUAACAGUUGUUCAAGAAGAGAUCAACGAUUUGGAUACACUUUUGAUGUUGGACAAUAGUGACUUUACCAGGCUGAAACUUACCACUAAAAUGGUGAAAACCAUUCAGAAAAUACAAAGACAAUGCGCUGACGAUAUAAUUUUUGAAGAAGAAAGGCUAGAGGAGAACAACACUUCCGGUGUUGAGGACGACUUAGUCGAAGAGGAUCAGCCUGAACACGAAACCAAUACUGACCCGGACAAUAUAUAUAAAUCAAUUAACCUUGACCAAGAAAUCAACAUAAACAGUGUACUCUCUCAAACCCAGAAUGGAAAUGGUUUGAUCGAACUGCUAUUGGAAGGAAAAAACCCGACCGACAAAAUGAUCACACAGAUUACGCACAUUCUGUGUGAUUGUUUAUUGACACUGUACGGAGAGAGACCAUCAACAUUCCAUAAAGAUGUUAUUGCACGAUCCCUUGUGAAAACGUAUCCCAUCCUGGCUUCUUCUGCAUCCGAUGUUCCACACGCUUUGUGGUUCCAUAUCAAUGGUCGCGGUGAAGGCCGACAUGCUGGAAAGAUCCAUUAUCGGAUGGAAUAUUUCGCAAAAAAAUCCAACAAAAGGGUUUUUCAUCGGCGACAGCAAGCGAUAGAUGAAGCAGUAAAAACUGAGCAACCGGAGAUGACGGAGGGUGUUGAAGAAGACAUGGAAGGCAUAAUCACCGAAUUGAAGUUCAUCGUGCCGUCGGAUCAAUCCAAGACCCACAUUCUGAACCUUUGGAGCAAAACCAUAAAUAUUCGGAAUGAACAUAGGAACGAAGGACCUUUCUUGACGUUUUGA